CGUCCUGAUCCCCCCCCCGCCUGUCUUUAUCUAUCCCUUAUAUCUAUUCUUUUUAUUUAUCUCGCUCUCUCUGUCCCUCUCUCGCUCUCUCUGUCCCUCUCUCGCUCUCUCUGUCCCUCUCUCGCUCUCUCUGUCCCUCUCUCGCUCUCUCUGUCCCUCUCUCUCUCUCUCUCUCUCUCUCUCUCUCUCAAUGUAGGGGAUUUUGUUUUGGAAAAAAGAGUUAGGCUGUGUUCUCAGCCUGGGGUCUAGCUUACCUGUGUCAACAUGGUGACGGCGCCAGGUGUACUCACGACCCUUGUGUUAACAGGAUUGUGUGUCCACGUCACAGGAUCAUCUAGAGACGUCUGUACCACCCGUCUGUAUUCCCUGAACUUCAACUGUGUCCUGCAGUGGGAUUGUCCACAGGCGAACGCUACCACCACCUACACCGUCCAAACUAAGACUCAGGGUGAUUUGUGGCAGGACGUGGAGAGUUGUGUGCGGUUCUCCUCCCAGCUGUGUGACCUGUCCGAGGCCUUCUCUAACUUCGAGGUGUACAACAUGAUCCGCCUGGGCCUCCACCAGGGCCCGGGGAGUCCAGUCUGGACAGAAAAUCUGGGGUUUGGCGUCCGUGAUUUCAACUUCAGCAGCCCCUCCGUCUUGGUCUCUCUGUCUGGAGAGCGGCUGGGAGUGGAGGUGCACUUACCUUGUUCUAGUAAAAGGGAGUGUCUUCCUCUGCAGAGUUGCUGUCCACUGUCAAAAUUUAUUGACCUCCGGGUCACCGUGACAGUAUAUGACCGACAGAACCCCUCCGACUACAAGACGCAUAUUGGUUUGGUCCAGACGAUGGUGUAUGGGGCAGAGUUCUCAAACCUGGUCCCAGGACAUGACUACUGUGUCGUGGCUAACUUCUCCACCAGUCUGGCCACCUUCCCCCAGGCCUCGUCUCCUCCCUCGGACCCCAGUUGUGUCCACCAUGCUGGCCCAGGACUAGGGUUGCAGCCAGUGUUGUUGGGGAUAGGAGUGUGUGCUGUACUCUUCUCUCCUCUCCUUGCUCUGGCUCUGUACCUGCUGAAACAAAAACGAGAUGUACCACACGUAAACAGACUCCCCAAGUCUCUAGCAUCUCUUCAGGCAUUCCUCCAGGACCUGCCGGAGUCCCCUUCAGACCCUGUUGAACCCAGUGACAUUGUAGACGACCACCUCUCCAUCCUAUCCUCUUUCUCCAGCUGUGUCUGCACCGAUGCCCAGGCCCCAAGCCUGGGUAAUGGGUACAACAGCAACCCCUUCCUCAGUGACUAUAGGUCAGGCAACAUGCACUGGAACACUGAGAGAAUGGAGCUGGACCUGAACUCAGGCAGCACCAUAUCCCUGCCAUGCUCCACUGUGCCUAUAGGCCUGCAUAUGAUCCAGUGCAGCUUUGAUUCACCUCGGCAACCACAUCCAGGGCCCAAUGUGCCAGUUCUACCGUACCCUGGUUCUCUAUCUCUGUCAGAGGCCGUGGAGGGCCAGGUGGUCCCGCUGUGUUCUGUGAGGUUUGGGAGGGUGAGUGAGGGGGAUGGGGGUGAGAACCUUGAGGGACUACAGUGGUGUAACCUGUAGCAUGUUGCACUGCAGUACUCACAAUGCCAUGUUUCACAUAUUCCUAUGAACUCCACAGUGCCGAGAGGAGUUCAAAAACUUUAUUGACCAUUUUUGUUGAAAAUUGUAAUUUUUUCCCUCAGCUUUACAGGCAUACAUUUUCAGUUCCAACAGGACUGUGGUAUGGUCCAGCACCUUACCAAGGUCAACCAUAACAGGGACAAUACUGGACAGUGCAAUCAUAAACACAUACACUCUUAGAAAAAAAGGGUUUCAAAAGGGUUCUUCGGCUGUCCCCAUAGGAGCCUUUUCUGAACCAAACCUAUUCUUCCUGGAACCAAAAAGGGUUCUUCAAUGGGUUAUCCUAUGGGGACAGGUUAUCCUAUCCUUUUAGGUUCUAGAUGGCACCUUUUUUUCUAAGGGGGGUUUAUUAUUCUGACUGUCCUUUAAAUUUCCUUUUGUCUACUGUGCCAAGUCUGUCUUUUCUGCUCUUUUUCUGUGUCAUAAUAGGUUGUUCUCCCCCCCCCCUCUCUGCCUUGCUUCUGACUCACUGUUGCCCCAUCCCAUCUCCGGCCUGACCCCCACUGUCUCUUACCCGUGUCUGACAUCUCAUUCUGGGGGAGGAGGGCAGAGGGUAGGGGAACAUCUCUCUCCUGCCUCUCAUUUCACUGGUGGUGAACUUUUCCCGGAACAUUAGAACAUUCGGGAGUAGAGACAGAGGAUGGGAAACAGUGAUUGGCCCUGUUGUUCUGGAAACCACAGCCUGCGUAUGGCUCAUAAUAAUAUCACUGUCUGGAGGAUUUUGAUUCAUGUUGUUGGUGUAAUAUUGGGGUUGGAUCAUGAGUCCAAACUAAACCGUGUGUUUGCUUGCCAAUCAUAAACGCUAAUUCUCAGGCAUCCAACAUUUUAUGGGUUCUGCUGUAUUUGCAGUCAAUUCACCGGAAACCUGAUCCAAAAUGGUCGCUUUGUGGCUCACUCUUCACUGGUGUGCGCUGGCUAGCUCUGCAGCUGAGGUGGUGAAGUUGGAUUGGGGAUUUACGUGGUGUUCGACAGGCAGUAAAAAAUGUUGGGGGGGGGUUGGAAGGAGUCCGUGGCUAACUGCAAGCAUUGCAAAGCAAUCACUAGCCUGCUUUUCAGUGGAGUUGCUGUGGUCCCAAGUCUGGGAUUAAGGGUCUCUUUUCCAAGUUUAAAAUGAUGAACAUUCAACGUUGGCCAUGCUGUCAAUGAUGCAUGAUUUGUGCCAUGCUCAAAACAACUUAACUCAGAACAGCGAAAUUGGGAGGAAAAAACUAGUUCCGAUUGGGGAAAAUACAUUUUGAGCUGUCAUCCAACUCAGAAUCGGAACUCGGGCCUCUUUCUAGAGCUAUGACCUGAAGAUCACUGACUUCAUCAUGAUUCAACUCUUUGAGUUCCAAGUUGUCUUGAAAGCGCCAUAAAUCCAGAGAAUGCCAGACUUUGACAACAUUUCCCCACGAAGGACCACCUUCCUGUACAAGUGAGCACAGCACAACAAGGCGAGUCCAAACAUGUCUUAUAUGCUGCUGCAUAAAUGAUGUAAUAUGCCAGGGAGAUAUGUAUACCGUAGCUAAGAAAGUAAUACUAAGUGUAUGUAAUCAUUUGGUCUAUUUUUCCCUCUUAAUUUUGCCUACUGUUCUGACUUCGUGGUGCACAUGUAGCCUAGAACCUGUUUUUGAGAAAUGCAUUCAUUGAAUAUUGUAAGAGCUUUCAUUGUCUGCUUAUAUGCCCCCUUUAUUUAUCCUAAGGUUCUGACUUGGUGUAUAGGGAGAAUACCUUAAGAACGGCCUGUGUUCUGUAUUCUGUCACUGUACAUUUCAAAACGGUUGAACAAGUAGUUAAUGACUACAUCCGUCCUAGCUCAGGCAUAUGUUUAAAAAAAAAAAAAAUCACGGAUUGCCUCUCAUCCACUUGUUGUCCCCUUAUGCCAUAGUUUGUACAUCUCAAUUGUCAGUUAAGCAAGUUGACUUAAACUUUUUUUUAAGCAAGUCAGCCAUGUUUAUUUUAAUUUUAAAUGAGGCUAAAUGAAUUGUUUCGCUGGCAGACAAGGCUCCGCUGAUAGCCAGGUGUAGCAGUGGUAAGGUGUUGGGACAGCUUUAUGUGUGCACCGUUUGUCACUGUUAUAGUGCAAUUAAUGUAUUGUUCAGUGUUGAAUGCUGGCAUGCAUCCUACAUUUUCUUUGUUUGUCCCCCAACCAAGAUUUACAUGCUAAAAUCGCCACUGUCGACAGGGUGACCUUUUCGAAAGACUAAUUCAUGGGUCAGCUAGUGUCUGAAAGUGAAUACAUGAUACUUUUGCUUUCCAUUCGGGUGCAUCCUGUUCUGUAAAUGUCAAGUUUCAUAUUAACCAGAGAGGAGGGGGAAGCUGUAUAUGUGAGUACAGCAGAGGUUGAAAAAAAAACCACAAGCCUAAUAAAAACUGCUUGAAAUGAGAAACAAUGAGAUCAGCUUGCUGACUGUUGCGUAAUGCUAGAUAAGUGUAAUUGCUGAUGUUCUUUAUGUAUAGUUCCCAUUCCAACACCAUAAGGAAAUGUAAAUUGAGUGAACAAUAAAUGUUUGUCAUUUUGAA